AUGGCCGCCGCAUCGGGAAUCGACGCGCGGCCGUCUGCUGAGACGAUGGCCGAUACGGAGAUGUCGGAGCUGUCGAGCCUCUCAGACCCGGGCAGUGAGAGCAGCAGCAGCGACGACAGCGACUCGGAGAAGAUGAGCAAAUCCAAGGCGCCCGCCGAGAAGAUCGAAUGGCUGGCCACAGGACGGGCACGGCGGACGACAGCAGGCAACCGUAUGAAGAGCCUUCUGGCGAGCAUGGGUGCGUCGGCUGGCGGGGUGGCUGCUGGCGACGGUGGAGGCGGCAAUGAUUCGGACCUGGAGCUUCUGUUUGCCGAGGACGAAGACGACGACGGCUGGUCUCUAGACGAGAAGGACAAGGGCGGAGGCGACGACGAAGAUGACGAUGAAGACGAUGACGAUGACGAUGACGGGAGCCGGACGGGCGGUGGCGUUGUCCGCGGGAAUGACGACGACGACGGCUCAGACAUGCACAUGGACUCGAGCGGGGACGACGAGGACGACGAGGACGACGGUGGCGGCAGUGGCGGUGGAGGUGCGGACAAUCUGGCAGGCGAGCGGGAGCUGGAGAGGCGGGAGCGAGAGCGGAAGCUGGCGGCACGCAAGCGACGAGCCCAGGCAGCCAUUCCGGCACGUUUCCGCAAAAAGGUGCGCAUCGCCGGAGGGGGCGACCAGACGACGACAGUCGCGACGACAACACCGACAACGACGACACCGACCGAGUCUGCGGCAGCAGCCCGACGACGCAAGAAGAGCGAGCGCACCAGUUGGCUGCCGUCGGUGACGGACGCGCCGACACGUUCGUCUGCGCGGGCGACCACGCGCAUCAGCAAGGAGCAGCUGCACCAGCAGAUGGCUGAGCGCGAGCGGCGACGCGUGCGCCAGCUGGCCGUCAUGGCCAAGAAGCAGCAGCGCGCCGAGGCCAACCGGAAGCCGCCGCUGACUCAGGCGCAGCGGCUGGCGGCGGCGGCCGUCGUCGAGCAGACCAACACGCGCAGCCUCAACACGUGGGAGGAGGCCGAAAAGCUGCGCGAGGCCGACCGUGCCGCCAAGCUGGCCGCCAUGUACAACCGCACGCUCGAGGGGCCGGUCGUGACGUUUUGGAGCGGCAUCGUCGAGCUGGCGCUCGGUGCGGCUGGCACUGGUGAUGGUGGAGGCAGCAGCGGUCAGGAUGGGCACAGCGGCCAGAAUAGCCUGCUGCUCAGACACGCUGGCCGCAUGGUCUCAAUCGAGGAGAAGGCACCGCGCAAGAAACGACAGACGGCCGCGGCAAAGGAGGCCGCGGCAAGAGAGGCCGCAGAAGCAAAAGCAGAGGCAGAAAAGGCGGAAAUGGCGGAAAAGGUGGCCGAGGAAGAGGCAAGCAAGACGAAGACGGCCGAGACGACGACAGAGCAUCCAGACAAGACAGCCGCACUUCAAGACGAGAGCAGAGACAGCAAGGGAGAAUCAGCCGAGGCAGACCAGCCGGUCAAGGACGGAAAGCCGCCAGAGACACUGUCAGAGACCCUGCCAGAAACCACAGAACCGGCCCAACCGACACGACUCGAUGCCGAGUACAGCCAAGCCGUAUUCAUGCCGAUCGACAUGCCAACACCUCCCGAGGCCACCGCCGACACGCCCAUGUCCGAUGCCGUUCCUCCUGUGCAGCCGAUGUCGUCCCAAGACCCGUCGUCAGAUGCACAACGACUGCCAGCAGCAGAGAAGCCGAUGCCCGUGCCAGAACCUCUGGCAGUGCCACUUGUCCCCGAUGGCGCUCAGCCUGUCGUGCUGCCCUCACCAUCACAAGCGGCUCCGUCCCUGUCCGAGGCAGAUACCAAACCUGACGUGCAGGCCACUGCGCAGGCAACCAUGCCACUACCUCCCGUCCCUCCGGCCAGCUCACCUGCCAAGGAGCCGAUGACACCAUCUGCCGACAAAGACCAAGUGCAGCCGCCGCCAGACCAGCAGGAUGGCGCAUCUGCUGCUGCAGCCGACAUUGACGGACGCAUCACGCGCACCUGCAUCGUGCUGCAAAACUUUGACGAGGACGCGCUCAAGGACAGGCAGGUGCAGAUGCAGGUUCUGUUUGGCCGGCGGAUGGCCAAGAUUGGAAAACCGGCGCAAGCACCGCUCUGCAGCAUCACCGGCUACCCUGCGCGCUACCGGGACGUGCAGACGGGCCUGCCGUUCUAUAACAGCUACGCCUACAAGGAGAUCCGGAAGCUGGUCCGCGGCGAUUACCGGUGGAGCCGACUGGUCGGCGCUUGGGCUGGGCCGGGUGUGGCAUGCGCAGCCGCCGGCGUGCCCGACGGCUUCCUGGACGCGAGCAAGGUCAAGAAGAAGGGCCUGAAUGGCGAUCAGGCUAGCCGGACCGUUGGCGACGAGACGGGCGGCAAGACGGACGACAAACCGGAUGGCAAAACGGAUCAGGCUAAAACGGACGUGCCCGAGACGACGGACAAAACGGACAAAACGGACAGAUCGGCCGAGGCACCGCAGCCUAAACAGGAGGUCCAGGACGCGGCUGCGCCCACAAGCACUGGCGCCGAUCCUGCUCCUGCAACCACGGCACAGACAGACGGAGCCCUGUCUGUCCUAGACGCGAUGUGA